UGAAAAGGAAUUUCAUCCGAAUUAGCUGAGCCAUUCAGAACGGUGCAACCGCAGCAUCAAAGCAAAGGCGGGCAGAGACGCACAGUUAAUCCUGUUCUCUGUGCUUAUCACAGGCCAUGUGAAGUUCUCAAAUGAAAAACACUUGGCAUUCUGACCCUUUAAUCUGCCAUUGCACACCUUUGUAAUGUGUGCCCUUCCACCUAUCGUCCUCUCCAGACACCUCCACUUCUGCUGAGACUCUCUGUCUGGUUGCCAAAGCGUAGAAGUUGUAGGAGGGGAGUUGUUUACACCUCAGUUAAGCCUAUUAGCAUUUAUCAUUUGCAUCCACUCUCACCAGGCAUUGAGACGAGACAGAGAUGCUGAUGUCCGGGACGCUCCAUCGCCUCCUCCUCCUGGCUGGUACUUGUCUCUGUGUCUAUGGAAACCCUGUCCACCUCCCAAACUUCACCCCCACGCAGGACAGCAGCUGUGACGGGCAGUGCGCCAGCUCAGUGACAACUCACCCCACAGAGUCUAAACCCUCAGAUAAAGAAGAUCUAAAUGGCCCAAUAUUGAAUGUAGGUGCAGGAGGAGGGGCUGGCUCACAUGGACGCAGAACAGGACCUGAGGGGAUAGCUCCAGUGACGCAGACAGAAAACGGGGACAGCCUUGAUGGAAGAUCUAGGCCGAGUGUGGCUGGCGGAGAAGCAUGGAGCCAAAGCAGUGAGGUAAAGAAGGUCGGGGGUGCGUCUCAGAUGGGAGACGCUCACAGACAGUCAGAGGUAGAUUCAGUGUUGUCUGCUGAUCCAGAGAGCACAAAGGAGCCUGUAUUAACUCCCACAGGUGAAAGGAAGCAGUCACACAUGGCUCUUAGUACACCAAGAUUGACUCCAGAUGGAUUUUCGGCCUCCUCUGCAGCACCACCGCAGACAGAGGCGUCAAGCCUGAGUAAAGAGCUUACCCAGGAGAAACAAAAGAAUAGCCAAAGUGGAGAGGACAGAACAAAACUACCUGAAGAUGGGGAUUCUCUACAAGGUAAAGACACAGAAACAAGCUGGCCGUCAUCCACAGAACCUUCAAAUCCCUUGGUGCGGAUCCAGAGACUGACCUCUCACAGCCCCAUCCCUCCCUCUGUCUUCGCCUCCCCUCGGACCUCUUUGUCAAUGUGGGGCCACGAUGGAGCUACAAUAUCCACACUCCCAGACCCCCUGUUGCCUGAAAUUGGACCAAACCUGGUGCCAAGAGAGGACGGCCUUGAAAGCCUUUGGACUGAGGCUGCCAGACCAAGUGGCGUGGACACUGUGGUCCCGCUGUCUCAGGAUGAAGCCACAGAAGGUACCAUGUCAUCAGAGUCUCUCCCUCUCAUCUUUGAGCCUUUUGAAGAUGUCACUCCAGAGGGGGCAGCAGCAGGAGCAGCAGUGGCGGCAGUCACCCUGGUGCCUGGGAGCCCUCAGCCUCCUGCUGCCAUGGCGACCAGAGGCAUGCCUCUGUCAGAGGUGGACCUUGACCAGCUGGUCACUGUGGAGACAGAGAGUGAUGGUCCCUCGCAGGCUCCGCCCCUACUGAUGCCAGACUGGACGUCACCUUGGCAGACAUCCGGCGCCGAGCUCCCAGAGCCGAUAGGCUCCUCAGUUCCAUCUCUUUCGCAGCGUCGUGGUGGAACUGAGCCAGGACUGUCGGAGGAUCCCUCUGAUAAAGAUGCAGCGAGGACACCAAACCUCGAAGAAAACCUGCCAACCAGUGACCCCUCACUCUCAUCCUUCCAGCAUGCUACGACAACAGUAACCAUGGCAACCCGUCAGCCUGUGCAUAAAUCCAGAUCAGGGUUAGAGGAGAUGGAGUCUGAGGAGGAGCCAGAUGAGGAUGAUGAGGAUGAGAACUCGGAGGAAUCGGUGGAAGAAGAGAGCGAAGAAGACCUGACAGAAACCCCUAAGACAUCCUCAACACAGCCUCCAUACAGCCUCAUUCCUCCACCUCCUGUCUGGGUUCAACGCAACCAGGGGCUGAUGCGUAGCUGGGUAGAGCUGAUCAGAGAAAAGGCGGGCUAUGUGUCUGGGAUGUUGGCCCCUGUGGGCAUCGGCAUCACAGGGGCCCUGCUAAUCGUCGGUGCCCUCUACAGCAUCAGGAUGAUUCACCGCAAGAGGAGGAACAGCUUCAAACACCAGAGGAGGAAGCAACCUCACGAGCCUGGCACCAGUCGUCAGGACCAGGCCAUGCUGCUGGCCGACAGCUCCGAGGACGAGUUCUGAUGACACCCUGAUGCUGGCUGAUGCUCCUGUUUCAGGAGGCUCGGCGAACAUCACCAUCGCUAUGACUACCGCAUCUCCAAUCACCUUGGGCUGUUUGGCAAUGACUCAUCUGUUCCACAGAGUGUGACUGAGUAUAGGGCACAAUUUGCACAGGCUGCACAAAGGUCAGCUUUGUAUCC